AAAGUUUUUGACCUUGAGUGAGUUUCCCGAGACUCAGUUUUUUCAUCUAUGAAAUGCGGGUGAUGACACGCGGCUGCGAGUUAGGACUGCCCAGUACACGAAGAACCCUGGACAAAUGGACUUUUACUAAUCUUACUAGAACCCACAUUCUCAUUUAAUGUUCACAGCGUGGGUAUUGGGAGGGCAAGGAUGACUACCUCCGUCAGACAGAUGUGAAACGUGCCAAGCCCAGCCCUAAAUUGAGCUUUCUAAACACCGAGUCGCGGUCAGGCUUUCCAGCACUGUCCUCAAGCCUAAGUGCGUCCGGCGUGCAAACUACAAGCCCCAGAAGGCAAUGCGUCAGCAGUAAUGGGAGUGGGCGCGGAGGCGCGGGCUCCCCGACUACGCCUGCGCAGCGGGGCUGAGUUGGAGAACGUCUCAGACUACAAGUUCCGAGAAUCAGCGCGGCGAGGCCUGAGAAGAGGACGUUUGCGCCUGCGCUUCGCGGGCGGGGCCUCUGGGGCGGAGCGGCCACCAUCUUGGAACGGGAGGCGGAGCAGAGCCGACUGGGAGCGACCGAGCGGGCCGCCGCUGCCGCCAUGAACCCCGAAUAUGACUACCUGUUUAAGCUGCUUUUGAUUGGCGACUCAGGCGUGGGCAAGUCAUGCCUGCUCCUGCGGUUUGCUGAUGACACGUACACAGAGAGCUACAUCAGCACCAUCGGGGUGGACUUCAAGAUCCGAACCAUCGAGCUAGAUGGCAAAACUAUCAAACUUCAGAUCUGGGACACAGCGGGCCAGGAACGGUUCCGGACCAUCACUUCCAGCUACUACCGGGGGGCUCAUGGCAUCAUCGUGGUGUAUGACGUCACUGACCAGGAGUCCUACGCCAACGUGAAGCAGUGGCUGCAGGAGAUUGACCGCUAUGCCAGUGAGAACGUCAAUAAGCUUCUGGUGGGCAACAAGAGCGACCUCACCACCAAGAAGGUGGUGGACAACACCACAGCCAAGGAGUUUGCAGACUCUCUGGGCAUCCCCUUCUUGGAGACGAGUGCCAAGAACGCCACCAAUGUCGAGCAGGCGUUCAUGACCAUGGCUGCUGAGAUCAAAAAGCGGAUGGGGCCUGGGGCAGCCUCCGGGGGCGAGCGGCCCAAUCUCAAGAUUGACAGCACCCCUGUAAAGCCGGCUGGCGGUGGCUGUUGCUAGGAGGGGCACAUGGAGUGGGACAGGAGGGGGCACCUUCUCCAGAUGAUGUCCCUGGAGGGGGCAGGAGGUGCCUCCCUUUCCCUCUCCUGGGGCAUUUGAGUCUGUGGCUUUGGGGUGUCCUGGGCUCCCCAUCUCCCUCUGGCCCAUCUGCCUGCUGCCCUGAGCCCCGGUUCUGUCAGAGUCCCUAAGGGAGGACACUCAGGACCUGUGGCCAGGCAGGGCGGAGGCCUGCUCUGCUGCUGCCUCUAGGUGACUUUCCAAGAUGCCCCCCUACACACCUUUCUUUGGAACGAGGGCUCUUCUGUCGGUCUCCCUCCCGACACUGGGUUUCUCCCCUUCCCCUUCUUCCUGCUGUCCUGCCCAAGAGCUGAGGGUCUCCCCGGCCUCUACUGCCCUGGCUGCAGUCAGUGCCCAGGGCCAGGAGUGUGGCCAGGGGAUCCAGGACCUGGGAUCCAGGGCCCUGGGCUGGACCUCAGGACAGGCAUGGAGGCCACAGGGGCCCAGCAGCCCACCCUUUCCUCUCCCCAUCGCCUCCCCUCCCCUCCCACACUCCCAGCUCUAGCCGUCCAGCUGCGGUGGGGUCUGAGUAUAUCUAGGGCGGGUGGGCGGGUAGCAGCGCUGGGCCUGUGUCUUGAGCCUGGAGGGAGUCUGCUCCUGUCGCCCUCUGCCCUGCCAGAGACAGACCCAUGCGCUGCCUGCCCACCGUGCCCCUUUGUCCCCAUGUCAGGCGGAGGCAGAAGGCCCACCGUGCCAGAGGCUGGGCACCAGCCUUAACCCUCACUCUGCUAGCACCUCCUCCCUUUCCCCGAGGCAGCACAUCUGGCUCACUCUCCCCUCGGUCUCUGGAGCCCACCAGGGGAGGCCCUCAUCCCCUGCCACUAUUUCUCUGGGGAAUGUGGAUUCCAUCCAGGGUUGGGGGCCUCUCUGCUCACCCACUCUGCACCCAGGAUCCUAGUCCCCUGCCCUCUGGCACAGCUGCUUCCUGCAAGAAAGCAAGUCUUUGGUCUCCCUGAGAAGCCAUGUCCCUCGUGCUGUCUCUUGCCUGUCCCACCUGUGCCCUGCCCUCCAGCUUGUAUUUAAGUCCCUGGGCUGCCCCUUGGGGUGGCCCCCACUCCCAGGUUCCCCUCUGGUGUCAUGUCAGGCAUUUUGCAAGGAAAAGCCACUUGGGGAAAGAUGGAAAAGGACAAAAAAAAAUUAAUAAAUUUCCAUUGGCCCUCGGGUGAGCUGAGGGUUUUUGCAAGGAA